ACUGAAGGGCGCAAAAAAUAGAAAAGAAAAGAAAUUUUUUCCUUCGCCUUCUUCGGACUCCGUCCUGUUCGAAAGACCAAAAAUCUCAUAAACGAGUUUAAUACAAACCCAAUCCUCAUCGCAACCACGAGACCCCCGCUCAUUGCGGAGACGCCACGUGGCACCGAAGCUUCCAACUGCCACAAGUGAGCCCUUAUCCCAAUCCUGUUACAAAUACACCACCCCCAGCUCUCCCUCCCUCCUCAUUCCGAACUUGAAAAUCCUCCUUUUUUUCCCCCUUUCUUAAAAAGGGGAGGUUUUUUUUUCUGAAACCCUAGCAAUGGAUCACUCAGCCGAUGCUCAUCGUACGGACUUGAUGACGAUCACCAGGUUCGUUCUGAACGAGCAAUCGAAGCGUCCUGAGUCCAGGGGAGAUUUCACGAUCUUGCUCAGCCACAUCGUUCUUGGUUGCAAGUUCGUUUGCUCUGCCGUUAACAAGGCUGGCCUUGCGAAACUCAUAGGACUUGCAGGAGAGACCAAUGUCCAGGGUGAAGAGCAAAAGAAACUAGACGUGCUUUCGAACGAAGUUUUCGUCAAGGCUCUGGUUAGCAGUGGACGAACAUCUAUUCUUGUUUCAGAAGAGGAUGACGAGGCAACUUUUGUGGAGCCAGCGUUGCGUGGAAAAUACUGUGUAGUCUUUGAUCCAUUGGAUGGUUCCUCUAACAUUGAUUGUGGGGUUUCUAUUGGAACGAUUUUUGGGAUUUACAUGAUUAAAGAUAAGGAUGAAGCAAAGAUAGAAGAUGUGCUUCAACCUGGGAAGGAUAUGAUCGCAGCAGGGUAUUGCAUGUAUGGGAGCUUUUGUGAGCUUGUGAUAAGCACUGGGAAUGGUGUAAAUGGUUUCACUCUGGAUCCAUCUCUUGGGGAGUUCAUACUGACUCAUCCAGACAUAAAGGUGCCAAAGAAAGGCAAAAUAUACUCUGUGAAUGAAGGAAAUGCCAAAAAUUGGGAUGGACCAACAGCAAAGUAUGUCGAGAAAUGCAAGUUCCCUACAGAUGGAUCAUCACCAAAAUCUUUGAGAUAUGUUGGCAGCAUGGUUGCCGAUGUCCACAGAACUAUGCUUUAUGGAGGCAUCUUUUUAUACCCUGCAGAUAAGAAGAGCCCAAAUGGGAAACUGCGUGUUCUUUAUGAAGUCUUCCCUAUGUCAUUCCUGAUGGAACAAGCAGGGGGUCAAGCUUUUACAGGAAAAGAACGGGCCCUAGACUUGGUUCCCAAAAAAAUUCAUGAGAGGUCUCCGGUAUUUCUCGGAAGCUAUGAUGAUGUUGAAGAAAUCAAAGCACUCUAUGCUGCUGAAGGGACCAAAGCAUGAGCAUAUAAAUAUAGGUCUGCUUCCUCUACAUCUCAUCAUAUAUGCUAUAAAUCUUCUUCUAUGAACAAUUCUCCCAUCCGUGUACAGGCAUAUAACUGUCCUAGCAACUGUAUCCUAUAUGAUUCAAUGAAGGCAAUUCUUACUGUCCGA